AAUCUGCGCAGAGAAGUGGUGCACUGGGGGAUGCCGAAGCUUGAUUUAGGCCUAGACGAUGAGAGCGAUGGUGGCGAGCAGUUGCAGAUCAAUCGAGCGUACGCCGAUCGCUAUAACAACUGGAGACGCCUCGAAGAACUGCAGAAAUGUAAAAUCGCUUUCUUACAAUAG